AUGACUGAUAAACUUCCUCCUAAUUUGUUAAAAUUAUUUGCUCCACGUCCACCUUUACCUUAUGUGCCUCCAUUGGACAAAGAUCCAGAGAAACGUGUUGGUUGUAUUGUUACUGGUGUUGCAUCUUUAGUUGAUGAACUGAAAAAUUAUGAUCCCGAUUAUGUACCUUGGAAAUCACUAUCUGAAAAACGAAAAGAAAAGGCUGAAGCAAAACAAAAGAAAGCUGAUGAAGAAUUACAAGCUGCUUUGAAAGAAUGUAACUUGUACACGUAUUUAUUAAAAUUAUUUCUAAUCUUUUUAUAUAUAUAUAUACAUACAUAUAUAUAG